UUCGUAAGUCCAUUCGUGUUAAUUCGUUAAAGCCGAAGCUCGCCAACGCCUUCACCACUUCAAAAGCAAAAACCCUAGUGCGCCUCUGCUCUCCAAACUCUCCCAACCCCGCCGCCCCCCCGUCUUUUGCUCUCAGUAGUCUCAGAUCUAAAAGAAGCGGAAAAAUGGUGAGAGUCAGCGUUUUGAACGAUGCUCUGAAGAGCAUGUACAACGCCGAGAAGAGGGGCAAGAGACAGGUCAUGAUCAGGCCUUCGUCUAAGGUCAUCAUCAAGUUCCUUAUCGUUAUGCAGAAGCACGGUUAUAUCGGAGAGUUUGAGUAUGUUGAUGACCAUAGAUCUGGAAAGAUUGUGGUUGAACUCAAUGGGAGGCUGAACAAGUGUGGGGUUAUCAGUCCUCGCUUUGAUGUUGGUGUCAAGGAGAUUGAAGGCUGGACUGCUAGGCUUCUUCCUUCAAGACAGUUUGGAUACAUUGUGUUGACAACAUCUGCUGGAAUCAUGGAUCACGAGGAAGCUAGGAGAAAGAAUGUUGGUGGCAAGGUUCUCGGUUUCUUUUAUUGAGCAGUCUAUUAAACAGAGAUCUUCGUCUUUUUCAAAUUUUGGUUUAGUUUGCUGGGAUGAUUUCAUAGACUUGAUUCCCAAGGCUGGUAUUGAGAGUUUAUUGUACCUGGAUAUGACUUCUUUGUUUUGCUUGGAUUGACCUUCAUGUUAUUGCACCUUCGAUAUUAAUGUUAUUUUGUAUUCACCAUCAGUAGUCUCUGUUUUGGGUCGAUAUAAAUUAAGUGAAAAAAGGAAUUCUGUUUACAAUACACUAAUGCAACAAGAGUUGUAUUGAAUCUUGAUUCAAGUUGUGGCUAAUUUUUUUUACCUAUACCAUGAACCUCAUUUUCCGACAGGGAAUUGAGAUAUGCUUAGAUGAUGUUGGGAUAAAAUGAAACUGCCCAGCUGCAGUUGUCCCUGUUGUUGAGCAGUAUCAUUUUAUCCCAAACAUCAUCUAAGCAUAUCCUGAUUUUGUGUCCUUGGAUGACAUUCAUGUUUUAGGUUGGUUUGCAAGAUUCUGUAGAACCCUUUUUCUGUUGGUGUAUUGGAAUACAUUGUGUUCCUUGAGGAACUUUUCUUUCAUUUGAUUUUGUAUCGAGAGCAGAGACUUGCAUAGUGGUGAACUUAUUGUUCUGAAAA